GCACGCAUGCAACGAUUGCAACUUGCAAUCUGCGGUUACAUGGUGAAGCGAAACAAACCACCUAAAGCAAUGUCAUUGAACGAUGCUGAGAGCUUAUGAUUCAUGUAUGACAUGUGAUCAGAGGAUAUUGUUGUUGUUGUUUAUGCCUAUGUUUAUUGAUCUGGGGAAAGCAAUUUAAUUUGUCAUCAUCAGUUUCUGACACCAUUUUCAAUUUCAAUGUUCUUUGAUUGUUAAUGACUACGGGGGUUCUGUAUUUUGUUGCCAUUUCUGAGUAUCAUCCAAAAGUUGAGAUCUCUUUGAGAUGGCUAUCCACGACCAUUCUUCCAACGUGACACCAUCUUCGUUCUCUGAUUCUUCAAACUUUUCUUCGCCGCCAUCCCCUCAUGCCUCCGACUCCUUCCGUAGAUCACUCAAGAAAAAGUCCGAUUCAAAUUCAUCGUCUGACGAUCCAUCACCAAAACCGAGUCCACGGCCUCCGCGUUCUCCGCCACCGCCGAAAUCUCCACCACGGCCAUCAAAGUCUCCACCACCACCACCCUCUCCGCGUCCACCAAAACACUCGCCUCCUCCAAAAACACCCCCGCCGCCGCCAUCGCCAGUUCCGUCACCUCCGCCACCACGGGUUACACCUCCUCCACCCCCAACUUCAAUAACGCCACCUGAUUCACACUUUACUCCACCUCAAGUUACUCCUUCUCAUCCUCCUCCUCCUCCUCCUCCUCCACCACCACCGCUGCCGCCGACAACUAGUUCCCCUCCAAACCACCCUACUACGCCGCCACAAUCACCUUCUCCGCCUUCAAGAUCAGGCGGUGAUUCAUCUUCUUCGAAGCGCCAUUCUCCCCCAGCGUCGUCAACUUCGAAUACACGAGGUUAUAGUGAUCGGAUAGGCCAACAUGUUGGUUUUGCAGUGGCUGCAAUUUCCAUCAUUGCACUCAUUGCUGUAAUUCUCUUCUUUUUUUUUAGGAAGAAGAAAGAUCGAGGCGAUGCCGGUUGGCCACAAGGUGGAAAUGUACACUACUACUACAAACAACCAGGCGGGGCCAAUGGUCCGCAAGUAGGGAUGUACGGUUCACAAAAAAAACAGUCUACUCCGGUGAGAGGCUACUAUGGAGGUUACGUGAGAUCACCUUCAGAGCUACAACAAAUGAGUGGGGGUAUAAUGGCUUAUAGCUACGAAGAAAUCGUGGAAGUAACGAACGGGUUUUCGAGUGAGAACGUAAUAGGAGAAGGUGGGUUCGGGAGUGUGUACAAGGCUUUAAUGCCCGAUGGUAGAGUAGGAGCAGUGAAGAUGCUGAAACCUGGUAGUGGCCAAGGAGAGAGAGAGUUUAGGGCUGAGGUUGACAUUAUUAGUAGGAUUCAUCAUCGUCAUUUGGUUUCUUUGAUUGGUUAUUGCAUAGCUGAGCAACAUAGAGUUCUUGUCUAUGAGUUUGUUCCUAAUGGGAAUCUCAGUCAGCACUUGCAUGGAAAUAACUUACCUGUUUUGGAUUGGCCGAAUAGGAUGAAGAUAGCAAAUGGCGCUGCAAGGGGCAUAGCGUAUCUGCAUGAGGGCUGCAACCCAAGGAUUAUUCAUAGGGAUAUUAAGUCCGCAAACAUACUUUUGGAUGGUGCUUACGAAGCACAGGUUGCAGACUUUGGACUUGCCAAACUAACUGAUGACGCUAACACCCAUGUAUCAACCAGGGUGAUGGGGACCUUCGGAUACAUGGCUCCAGAGUAUGCAACAAGUGGAAAAUUAACGGAUAGAUCAGAUGUUUUCUCAUUUGGAGUUGUCCUGCUUGAGCUCAUAACUGGAAGGAAGCCCGUUGAUCCAAAGCGGCCCAUCGGAGAAGAGAGUUUGGUUGAGUGGGCUCGUCCACAUCUUCUUCUUGCAAUGGGGACGCGUGCGUUUGGUGAUCUAGAAGACCCAAGGCUUCAAGGACGCUAUGUUCAUUCUGAAAUGUUAAUCAUGAUUGAGGCUGCUGCCGCAUGUGUUCGCCACUCUGCUCCUAAACGCCCCCGUAUGGUUCAGGUGGCAAGAGCCUUAGAGUGUGGAGAACAACUAGAUCUAUCAAAUGGGGUGAAAUAUGGUCAAAGCAGAAUAUAUGAUUCAAGCCAGUACAUUAAUGAUAUUAUGAGAUUUAGAAGGAUGAUGGCUGAUGGCAAUUUUAGCGGUUACGACUAUGAUAUGUAUAGUACAGAACACAGUUCAAGAGAGUUGUCUCCUUCUUUAGGGAUGCCAACUAGUUCAGGUGGUAAUUCAGAACCUAGAUCUUUCAACAACCAUAGGAGCUUCUCUGAGUCUGAGCAACCAUAAAACUCUUGAUGGGGACUCACCUAUGUAUUAGAACAGAGCAAUGAGCAUUAUUGGCAUAAUCAAGUUUAAGGCGCACCAGAAAUGUCUCUCUUCACUCAAUCCGUGGCUGUGGGCAAAGAUUUACUUCUAAGUUGUUCAUGGUGAAUUUCACGUCAAUGAAUGGGUGAGGCAGUACGACCUAUACAAAGAAUGAAUCAUUUUAACACACUUUCGGUUUAUACUGUGAUAUUAGUUAAAAUAUCCAAGACUGUUAGGAUGUGUUUGGGAUACAAUAGAAUUGAAAUUGAUUUAAUUUUAAAAUUACGUUUUUUGUUUAUAAUGGAUAAAAAUAGGAAUU